CGAGGUCGGUGCAGCAGGGCUCCAGCGAAGCUAGGGGAAUGAGCGGCUCCCUGGGCCGCGCGGCGGCGGCUUUGCUCCGCUGGGGACGCGGUGCGGGUAGCCGCAGCGUGUGGGGCCCGGGCGUGCGGGCGGCGGGCUCGGACUCGAGCUCCAACUCGGGCUCGGGCCCGGGCGGCUUGGCGGAGCAGCUGGACACGAUGGUGAAGCGGGACAAGGUGGUGGUGUUCCUCAAGGGAACGCCGGAGCAGCCCCAGUGCGGCUUCAGCAACGCCGUGGUGCAGAUCCUGCGGCUGCACGGCGUCCGCGACUACGCGGCCUACAACGUGCUGGACGACCCCCAGCUCCGGCAAGGCAUCAAGGACUACUCCAACUGGCCCACCAUCCCCCAGGUGUUCCUAAAUGGCGAGUUUGUGGGGGGCUGCGACAUUCUCCUGCAAAUGCACCAGAACGGGGACCUGGUGGAAGAGCUGAAGAAACUGGGGAUCCAGUCUGCUCUGUUAGAUGAAAAGCAAGACCAAGACUCCAAGUGAGGCAACGCCGGGGGACCAUAGGGGAUACCUCUGGGCCCAGUGUCAAGACUCACAACCAGAAAAGCCUUACCAAGUCGGUGUUCCCCAGGAGAUGUCCCCAGGCCCGCACAUAUCACACACAGCAGUGUGGUGACUUGGAGACUUGGGGGUCUGAAGUUUGGGCUGAAGUAACUGGUGGAAGCAUCAGCACAGCCAUGGCCCGCAGUCCCCCCAUUCGUGCUGGGCCCUGCUGUCGACACGGGUCUUCCACUGUUGCUCUUAGCCCUCGGCCUGCUUCAUGGGGGCAGUCUCGGCAUCUAAGCCCUGCUUUUCCUGACUGUGCCAGGGACCCCAAAGAUGAUCUUGACUCUCCAGUGCUCCAGUACGCAUAGGAAAAUGGCAGGCAAAGUGUGUGCAUUGGGCUGUGUCUUCUUUUUCCAUUUUAAAAUAAAAUGCCAACAAGGGGCAA